AUCACAUAUUAUGUAUGUUUCUACUCUGUAACCAGCCGAGUUUUGUAUCUAACAUGAAAAUUCUAAUUAUAUUAGCUUCCGCCAUUUUGGCUGCUACCGCACUUUCCAUUGACCAACAAUGGAAUCAAUUCAAGAUCACUCACAAAAAAAGCUACGAAACUCCCGAAGAGGAGCAACUUCGCUACAAAAUCUACCAGGACAACGUGGAGAAGAUCAACCGACACAACAGCAGAUACGAAGCCGGAUUGGAAUCAUACACCAUGGCAGCAAACAAAUUCGCCGACUUGACCAAACAAGAAUUCCACGACUUGAUCAGCUCCUCGCGACCCGGCAGUUUUCAGGACUUCGAAUUCGAGAAACACGUCCCCGACGAGUCGAUCCCCCUUCCGGACGAAAUCGACUGGAGGAUCAAGGACAAAGCCGUGUUGCCCGUCAGAAACCAAGUCAAAUGCAGCGCCGGCUGGGCCUUCAGCGUCGCCGGCGCUUUAGAAGGACAAAACGCCAUCAAAAACAACGUGAGAACGCCGAUCAGCGAGCAGCAAUUGAUCGACUGCGAUCAAUCGAACCAAGGUUGUAAAAACGGUAGCACUGUAGCCAACGCUUGGCAAUACGCCGUUAAAAACGGUCUAGCCAGCGAAUACGAUUAUCCUUACAGAUCUUACGAGACCACUUGCCAAGCUCAAAAUAACCCCAUCGUCAAGCCCAAGAAGAUAGUUACCCUUGGCAAAACCGAAGACGAUCUUCACCAAGCUGUUGGAACUGUGGGUCCGAUAUCCGCGGGGAUUUACUUCGGUGAACUCCAAUUUUAUAGCAGCGGCGUCUUCCUCGAUCCUAUAGCUUGCCCCAGCGAUGAAUCCACGCUGGAUCACGACGUGCUGGUGGUCGGUUAUGGCAGCCAAACGGAAAUCUGGAACCUAAAGAAGUAUUACUGGAUCAUCAAAAACUCGUGGGGACAGGAUUGGGGAGAGGGCGGAUACUUCAGACUGGCCAGGAACCAGAAUCAAUGCGGCAUCGCUUUGAGGUGUUCCUAUCCGGUUUUGUAAAUGAAAUGAUGUAAUAUUA